AUGAAUAAGGAUGGAUCAACAAUCAUUAUAGUGGAAUCUACACAAAAGAUGACGAUGAGAUUAGCAUCUGUUGACAGAGAAUUCUAUUAUUUUACUAAAAGAGAAUCAUGGCAGAGACAAAUUCUCAUUGUGCCAAAAAAUGGAAAACUGUCAUGCAUUUUUUAUCAUUCAUCAGUUUAUUUAACAUCAAAAGCUCAAUGA